AUGGUGGGAUGCAGGAGGAAGAGGAUGAAUGUGCUGCCACGGGUGUGUGCCAGGCUGCUCCUCCUGUGCCUGUUCUUUGCCACCAGCCUCUGCCAAUGGAGCAAAAACAACCGCUGUGUGCUGUCCCGGGCAAAGAGCUGCACGGAGUGCAUCCGGGUGGAUAAGGACUGCUCCUUCUGCACCGACGAGAGCUUUGAAGAGCCGCGCUGUGACCUGCGGGAGAACCUGCUGCGCUCCGGCUGCGGCGAGGCCAGCAUCGUGUACACCCAGGGGGAGAUGAGGACACUGAAGAAUUCCAGUAUCAACACAUCCCUGCAGAGGACCCAGGUGUCCCCCCAGGCCAUGUUCAUGCGGCUGCGGGCUGGGGAGGAGAUGAGCUUCGACAUGGAUGUCUUCCAGCCCAAGGAGAGCCCUGUGGAUCUCUACAUUCUCAUGGACUUCUCCUACUCCAUGUCUGAUGAUCUGGACAACCUCAAAAGCAUGGGGCACAACCUAGCGGACUUCCUGCAAGCCCUGACUUCCAAUUACACCAUCGGAUUUGGCAAGUUUGUGGACAAAGUCUCGUCCCCUCAGACAGACAUGAGACCUGAAAAGCUGCGUGAGCCCUGGCACAACGCCGACUCCCCGUUCUCCUUCAAGAACGUCAUCCGCCUGACCAGCAACAUCAGCGACUUCAGCAGGAAACUCCGCAAGGAACGCAUCUCCGGCAACCUGGAUGCCCCCGAGGGCGGCUUUGAUGCCAUCCUGCAGACAGCUGUUUGCAAGGAUAAGAUUGGCUGGAGAAAGGACAGCACUCACCUGCUCGUGUUCUCCACUGAGUCUGCCUUUCACUAUGAAGCUGAUGGUACCAACGUCCUGGCAGGGAUCCUGGCGAGGAACGAUGAGCAGUGUCACCUGGACAGCCACGGCACCUACGUGUAUGACACCAAGCAGGAUUAUCCUUCAGUGCCCACCCUCGUGCGCCUCUUGGGCCAGCACAACAUCAUCCCCAUCUUUGCUGUCACCAACCACUCCUACAGUUACUACGAGAAGCUGCACAAGUAUUUCCCCAUCUCUGAGAUCGGGGUGCUCCAGGAAGACUCUUCCAACAUUGUGGAGCUGCUCCGCACAGCCUUUGAGCGCAUCCGCUCCAAGAUGGACAUCAGGGCUGACUUCACUCCCAAAGCCCUGAAGACAGAGUUCACCUCACCAGUAUUUGAAAAGACAGAAUCUGGCUCUUUCCACAUCACCCGUGGAAAAGUGAGCAAGUUCCACAUGCACGUCAAGGCUCUGGAGUACAUUGGUGGGCAGCACGUCUGCAGCCUCCCCGAAAAGGAGCGGCGCGGAGUCAUCCACGUGAAACCCACAUCCCUGAGCGACAGCCUCACCGUGUCAACCGCUGUCAUCUGUGACGUGUGUCCCUGCGAGCAGCAACAAGAGUUGGACUCACCCAAGUGCAGUUUCCAUGGGAACUUUGUCUGCGGACAGUGCAUCUGCCACCCUGGCUGGCGAGGGGACACGUGUGACUGCUCCCCGGCGUCAUCCCCCGACAACGAAGCUUGCAUCCGCCCCGGUGAUGUGGAGCCGUGCUCGGGGAGGGGCGAGUGCCUGUGUGGCAAGUGCCAGUGCUACUCCGAGGACCAGACCGUGCGUUUCGAUGGCGCCUUCUGCGAGUUCGAUGUCCUGCAGUGCCCACGCAUCUCUGGCUUCCUCUGCAACGAUCGUGGCCGCUGCUCCAGGGGUGCCUGCGUGUGUGAGAGCGGCUGGGAGGGCCAGAGCUGUGACUGCCCCACGAGCAAUGACACCUGCAUCGACAGCCGGGGGGGAAUUUGCAAUAACCACGGGAAGUGUCAAUGUGGCAGAUGCAUCUGUGACAUGUCCUCGCUGUACACCAGCUCCACCUGUGAAAUCAGCUACUCCCUGGGCUUCCAGGCUGUGUGUGAGAGCAUCCGGGACUGUGUCCGCUGCCAGACCUGGGGGACAGGCAACCUGAAAGGGAACUGCAGCUCGUGCCAGCUCCAGAUCCAGAUGGUGGAGGAGCUGGAGAAAGAGGAGGGUGGUGAGUACUGCUCCUUCCAGGAUGAGGAUGAUGACUGCACCUACCACUACAACCUGGAGGGAGACCCCAGUGUCCUUCCCAACACCACCGUCCGUGUGCAGAAGAAUAAAGAGUGCCCACCUGGGAGCUUCCUCUGGCUCAUCCCACUGCUCAUCUUCCUCAUCCUGCUCCUGGGGCUGCUGCUCCUGCUCUGCUGGAAAUUCUGUGCCUGCUGCAAGGCUUGCCUGGCCCUGCUUCCCUGCUGCGCACGAGGCCGUACCGUUGGCUUCAAGGAGGACCACUACAUGCUCCGGCACAGCCUCAUGUCCUCCGACCACCUGGACACGCCCCUAGUGCGCAGUGGCUCCCUCAAGGGUCGGGACACGGUCCGCUGGAAAAUCCACAACAAUGUCCACAAGGAGGGCAUCACCUCCCCCGCUGCCACCAACCCCAAGGACCUCAUUCCCUACGGGCUGUCUCUGAGGCUGGCCCGGAUUUUCACGCAGAAUCUGGGGAAAACGGACACCCGGGAGUACGAGCAGCUGCGCAAGGAAGUGGAGGAGAAUCUGAAUGAAGUGUUCAAGCACAUUCCUGGCUGCCACAAGGUCCAGCAGACCAAGUUCAGGUUACAGCCCAAUUCUGGGAAAAGGCAGGAAUACACCAUUGUUGACACAGUGCUCACUGCCCCUUACUCAGCCAAGCCAGACAUCAUCAAAGUGGUGGAAAAACAUGUUUCCCACGAGGCUUUUAAUGACCUGAAGGUUGCACCGGGUUAUUACACUGUGACCUCAGACCAAGAUGCUCAGGGAAUGGUGGAGUUCCAAGAGGCUGUGGAGCUGGUGGACGUCCGUGUCCCGCUCUUUAUCAGGGAUGAUGAUGAUGAUGAGAAGCAGCUGCAGGUGGAGGCCCUCGAGGUCCCCAACGGCAUCGCAAAGAUUGGGCGCAGGGUUGUCAACAUCACCAUCAUCAAAGAGCAAGCCAGUAGUGUCAUCACCUUCCUGCAGCCAGCCUAUUCCCACAGCCGCUUCGAUAAGCUGGCCAAGAUCCCUGUCCUCCGGGAGAUCAUAGACAACGGGAAGUCCCAAGUCACCUACAGGACCCGGGAUCUCACUGCCAAGAAUGGCAGGGACUACAUCUUCACGGAGGGUGAACUCGUCUUCCAGCCUGGGGAGACCCGAAAGGAGGUUCAGGUGCCCUUGCUGGAGCUGACAGAGAUAGACACCCUCCUCAACAACUGCCAGCUCAAGCAAUUCGCUGUCGACCUCCUCCACCCCAAGUACGGUGCCAAGAUCGGCCGCUACCCCCAGACCACGGUGACUAUUGCUGACCCAGAGCUGGUGGAUGGUGUCCCCUCGAUGACUGUCCUGGCCCAGCUCCCGCAGUCCCCCAAAGGCCGCCUGAGUGCACCACUUAAUCUCAAUGCCCGUGCCCUCAGCUCCAGGGAAAUCAGCUUCAACUGGUCUCCUCCACCGGGAAAACCCCUGGGGUAUAAGGUAAAAUACUGGAUCCAGGGAGACCCUGAGUCAGAAGCCCAUCUCAUUGAUGUCAAAACCCCAUCAGCAGAGCUGACAAACCUUUACCCCUUCUGUGACUACGAGAUGCAAGUCUGUGCCUAUAAUGCCAUGGGAGAAGGGACUUACUCGGACAUCAUCCACUGCCGCACUUUGGAGGAAGUGCCCAGCGAGCCCGGGCGCUUGGCUUUCAACGUCGUGUCUUCCACUGUGACCCAGCUGAGCUGGGCUGAGCCUGCAGAAACCAAUGGGGAGAUCACGGCCUAUGAAGUCAGUUAUGGGCUUGUCAAUGAGGACAAUGUACCCGUUGGGCCCAUGAAGAAGGUGCUGGUUGAAGACCCCAAGAAGCGCAUGGUGCUGAUCGAGAACCUGCGGGAGUCGCAGCCCUAUCGCUACAUGGUGAAGGCCAGGAACGGUGCGGGCUGGGGGCCCCAGAGAGAAGCCACCAUCAACCUGGCCACACAGCCCAAGCGCCCCAUGUCCAUCCCCAUUAUUCCUGAUGUCCCCAUCAUCGAUGCAGGGGGAGGUGAGGACUAUGACAGCUACCUGAUGUACAGCACAGAUGUGCUCCGUUCUCCAGCUGGCAGCAAGAGGCCCAGUGUUUCUGAUGAUUCAGGCUCCAGGUGGAAAUUUGUGCCACUGCUGGGAGAAGACCUGGACCUUCGCCGCAUCACCUGGAGGCUCCCACCCGAAACCAUUCCCCGCCUCUCUGGCAGCAGCCACCUGUCCUCGGACACGGAGGGGCUCCUCCACGAGGAGGACAGCGCUGUGGCUCCUGGCAGCGUGAGGAGGAGCGCGACGCCCCGGCCCCAAGCAGAGCACUUGUUGAAUGGCCGGGUGGACUUCUCGUACCCUGGCAGUGGCAGUGGCACCCUGACCAGGACAGCCAACACCAGCUACCACCAGCUGAGCUCCCACGUGCACCAGGAGCACAGGGUGAUGGGCAGUUCCUCGCUGACAAGAGAUUGCUCCACAGUGCUGAUGGGGCACGAUAACCCAGGGACACUCCUCCCUCCCAUCCAUGAAGAUGCUGGGAGGACACUCCUCUGGCCCCGGGACGUGGGUUUCAGCAGCAGGGCAAAGGUGAAGGGUUACUACCCCAGCAUUGGCUGUCGGGACUCUAUAAUCAUGACUGAUGGGUCUGCAGGGAUGUGCAAGUACAUAGACUCCAGGAAGCCACUGGGCAUCCCUGACACCCCCACCCGCCUGGUGUUCUCUGCCCUGGGCCCCACGUCCCUGAAGGUGAGCUGGCAGGAGCCACGCUGUGAGAAGGAGGUGCAGGGCUACAGCAUGCAGUACCAGCUCCUCAGCGGAGGAGAGGUGCACAGGAUCACCAUCCCCAGCCCCAGCCAGAACUCGGUGGUGGUGGAGGACCUGCUGCCCAACCACUCCUACAUCUUCAAGGUGAAGGCACAGAGCGAGGAGGGCUGGGGCCCCGAGAGGGAGGGAGUCAUCACCAUCGAGUCCCAGGUGGACCCGCAGAGCCCGCUCAGUCCCGUGCCAGGUACCCCCUUCACCCUGAGCACCCCCUGUGCCCCUGGACCACUGGUUUUCACUGCCCUUGGCCCGGAUUCUCUGCACCUCAGCUGGGAGAGACCCCGUGAGCCCAAUGGGCCCAUCCUGGGCUACAGGAUCACCUGUGAGAUGCUGCAUGGAGGAGGGGAGCCCAGGACCAUCUAUGUUGAAGGAGACAACCUGGAAACCACGCUGACUGUGCCCCACCUGAGUGAGAAUGUCCCAUACAAGUUCAAAGUGCAAGCCAACACCACCCAAGGCUUUGGGCCAGAGAGAGAAGGCCUCAUCACCAUUGAAUCUCAGGACAGAGGUGCUUUCUCCCAGUUUGGAGGACAGCAAUACAUGAGAGAAGUUUACAAAUUCCCCACUGAAUACACCACCAAAACCAGUAUCAGCCAUUCCUCUCUGGAUCCCUACUUCACAGACGGGAUGCUGGUGAGCACCCAGUGUGUGGAGAACUCCAGCAGCACCCUGACCCAGGAGUUUGUGAGCCACACUGUGAUGACCAGUGGGACCCUCACCCAGCACGUGGAGAGGCAGUUCUAUGAGGCCUGAGCUAGGACAGGCCAAGCACCAGCAGGACUUUUGGGAUCAGGUGCCAGGAUUUUAUGGAACAACCCAAGGGUUCUUCAUCCAGGGGUGCCUGGGCAGCUCUUCCUGUGGGCACAGACCCUCUGUGCCCCUCCAGGCCCUGGACUUCUCCUUUGGAGCCCAGCACACUCAGAGCUCUGGCACA